CCCGAGCAGCGCGUCAAGGCGGGACCGGGCGGCGGCGGCCGGGCCGGCGGCGGCCAGGGACCCGGUCUUAGGCUCGGCCGGCCAGACGGGAGGCGGACGCCGCCAUGAACGCGGCGGUGGUGAGGCGGACGCAGGAGGCGCUGGGGAAGGUGAUCCGGAGGCCGCCGCUGACGGAGAAGCUGCUGAGCAAGCCCCCGUUCCGCUACCUGCACGACAUCAUCACCGAGGUGAUUAGAAUGACUGGUUUCAUGAAGGGCCUCUACACAGACACCGAGAUGAAGUCUGAUAAUGUGAAGGAUAAAGAUGCAAAAAUUAGCUUCCUGCAGAAGGCCAUAGAUGUGGUUGUAAUGGUUUCAGGAGAGUCAUUAUCAGCAAAACCAGCCCGAAUUGUGGCCGGGCAUGAGCCUGAAAAAACAAAUGAGCUGCUCCAGAUAAUUGGAAAAUGCUGUCUCAACAAGCUCUCCAGUGACGAUGCGGUGAAGAGAGUCUUAGCUGGAGAGAAGGGGGCUGUGAAAGGAAAGCCCUCAGUGACUUCACAGUCUCAAGAACUGGACAAUAAGAAUGUGAAAGAGGAGGAGUCCAGAGUUCAUAAAGAUAAAGAGGAUAGAAAAAACUCAGAAAUAAAAGAGAGAAGUACAAGCAGAGAGCGAAAACAGAAAGAAGAAUUGAAAGAAGAAAGCAAACCAAGAGAGAAGGAAAAAGACAAGGAGAAGGCCAAGGAGAACGACAGAGACAGACACAGGGAAGGGGAGCGAGAGAAAACCAAGUCUCGGGCCAGGCCGGAGCGAGACAGAGACAGAGGCAAAGAGUCGGACCGUGAGAAGGAGAGAGAGAAGAGGAGUGAGGGAGGGAAAGAGAAAGAGAGAUUGCGGGACAAGGACCGAGACAAAGGGAGGGACAGGGACAGACGGAGAGUGAGAAAUGGGGAGCACUCCCGGGACCUUGACAGGGAGCAGAGCAAAGAGCACGACAAGGUGGAGAGGAAGUCGGCAAGCUCAGGAGAAAUGUCUAAAAAGUUGUCAGAUGGAUCUUUUAAAGACUCCAAAGCUGAAACAGAGACUGAGAUUUCCAGUAGAUUAUCCAGGUCAUUGACAACGAAAACUUCAAAACGGCGUUCCAGAAAUUCGGUGGAAGGAAGGAAGGAGGAUAAUAUUUCAGCUAAAAUUUUAUACCCCAUAGUAUCUGGAUUAAAUAACGAACCAGAUCAGGAAACUACAACUUCAGAAAUAGGAACAAAAGAAGCUAACACUAACUCAGCUAGUAUUUCAGAUGAUAAUUCAACUAGCCUGUGGCGUGAGAAUAUUGAGCCAGACCCAGCAGUGAAGCAGAAAGGUGACUCCACCAGUGAUGCAGAAGGAGAAGUUGGACCUCCUGGUCGCGAGAAGCCUGAGGUGUCAGAGGAUUCAGAAAUCCCCAGUGAGCUUUCGUCCAGCGUGAGAAGAAUACCCCGGCCUGGGAGUGCCAGACCAGCUCCUCCUCGGGUCAAACGACAAGAAAGCAUGGAAGCAUUGCCAGUGGAUAGGACAGGAAGUGGUAAAACCGUCUCAAACGUGAUUAUCGAGUCACAGAAUUCUGACAACGAAGAGGAUGAUCAGUUUGUGGUGGAAGCUGACCCCCAGCUCUCCGAAAUGUCAGAAAUUGAAAUGGCACCUGCGGUGGAAUUAGAGGAGGAGGAGAAGCACGGUGGACUUGUGAAAAAAAUUUUGGAGACUAAGAAAGAUUAUGAGAAAAUGCAGCAAUCAUCCAGACCGGGAGAGAAGGAGAGAUCGCUGGUCUUUGAGUCAGCUUGGAAGAAGGAGAAGGACAUUGUUUCCAAGGAGAUAGAGAAGCUCCGCGUGUCCAUCCAGACCUUGUGCAAGAGCGCACUUCCCUUGGGGAAGAUCAUGGACUACAUCCAGGAGGACGUGGACGCCAUGCAGAACGAGCUGCAGCUGUGGCACAGCGAGAACAAGCAGCAUGCAGAGGACCUGCGGAAGGAGCAGAGUAUCACAGACUGUGCCGUGGAGCCCUUAAAGGUUGAGCUGGUGGAACUGGAGCAGCUGAUCAAAGACCAGCAGGACAAGAUCUGCGCUGUGAAGGCCAACAUCCUGAAGAACGAAGGGAAAAUCCAGAAAAUGGUGUAUAGUAUCAAUUUGACUUCGAGAAGGUGAACACUCAGAAGUUGGAGAUGAAAAGUCACCCAUCAGUUUUCAAAGGAAGAAGAAAAUCAUUGCUCAUUGAGUUCUAGUUUGUUGAGAAAGUGAACAGUUUACAAUGUUAACAUCCGACUAAUUUUCAGAGCUUUAAAGCUUUGAGCAUAUUGUGUCUAAAAAGACCAUGUUUUCUUACCUCCUUCCAGCUGGAGUGUUUGCUAGUUAUAAACAGCUCUUCCAAA